UUCAAAGGUCAGAAACAACAUGGCGGCACUCACUGGAGUCGCUGUUACAUCGCUACAAACAGCCGUCUGUGGAGGAUCUAAGUGGAUAUUUUAAUACUCUGGGAGUUCAACAAACAUUCAAUUAUCGUGUUAUGUUUGUUAACAUCAGGGUCAAGAGUGCAUUUCAUGGCCGCUUCACCUGUGUGCACCCUGUGAAGACAGUGCGGAGCAAGUACCGGGGGGACUCACAGAGGCGCGCCGAAGACAGAGCGCUGUGAGCGGCUUCAGCUCUGCUGCUAUCCCCGGUCCGACUUCCCAAGCCCUGCAGGAGAUCACGGUUUAUUAAACAUCUGCAAACAUGAACAGAAAGAAGGAUAAAGGAUUUGAGAGUCCACGACCUUUUAAAUUGACCCAUCAGGUGGUGUGCAUCAACAACAUCAACUUCCAGAGGAAAUCCGUCAUUGGAUACGUGGAGCUCACCAUCUUCCCCACCGUGGUCAACCUGAACCGGAUCAAGCUCAACAGCAAGCAGUGCCGCAUCUACAGGGUCCGAGUCAAUGAGCUGGAAGCCCCCCUCAUUUACAACGACCCCACCCUGGAAGUGUGCCACCAUGAGUCCAAGCAGAGGAACCUGAAUUACUUCUCCAGCGCGUACACGGCAGCCGUGAGCGCCGUGGACCCGGACGCCGGCCACGGGGAGCUGGUCAUCAAGGUGCCGUCCGAGCUCUGGAAACAAGGCGAUGAUCUGAAGGUGCUGAAGGUGUACAUCGAGUUCUCUCUGGACCAGCCCAAAGGCGGGCUGCACUUCGUGGUUCCAGACAUGGAGGGCAGCAUGGCGGAGAGGGGCGCGCACGUCUUCUCCUUCGGGUACCAGAACUCCUCCAGGUUCUGGUUCCCCUGCGUGGACUCGUACUCCGAGCUGUGCACGUGGAAGCUGGAGUUCACGGUGGACGCCUCCAUGGUGGCGGUGUCCUGCGGGGACCUGGUGGAGACCGUCUACACCCACGACAUGCGGAAGAAGACGUUCCACUACAUGCUGCCCAUCCCCACCGCCGCCCCCAACAUCUCUCUGGCCGUGGGGCCCUUCGAGAUCCUCGUGGACCCCUACAUGCACGAGGUGACUCACUUCUGCCUGCCUCAGCUGCUGCCGCUGCUCAAACACUCCAUGUCCUACCUGCACGAGAUCUUCGAGUUCUACGAGGAGAUCCUGACGUGCCGCUACCCGUACGCCUGCUUCAAGACCGUCUUCGUGGACGAGGCCUACGUGCAGGUUUCCACCUACGCCUCCAUGAGCAUCUUCAGCACCAACCUGCUGCACAGCGCCCUGAUCAUCGACCAGACGCCGCAGACCCGCCGCUGCCUGGCCCAGGCUCUGGCUCAGCAGUUCUUCGGUUGUUUCAUCUCCAGGAUGUCGUGGGCUGAUGAGUGGGUCCUGAAGGGAAUCUCAGGCUACAUCUAUGGACUUUACCUGAAGAAGACAUUCGGAGUCAAUGAGUACCGACACUGGAUCAAGGAGGAACUGGACAAGAUCGUGGAUUACGAGCUGAAGAUGGGAGGCGUCCUGCUGCACCCCACGUUCAGCGGCGGCAAAGAGAAAGACAACCCGACGCCCCACCUCCACUUCUCCAUCAAGCACCCCCACACCCUGUCCUGGGAGUACUACAAGAUGUUCCAGUGUAAGGCCCACCUGGUGAUGAGGCUGAUCGAGAACCGCAUCAGCAUGGAGUUCAUGCUGCAGGUCUUCAACAAGCUGCUGAGCCUGGCCAGCACGGCCUCGUCCCAGAAGUACCAGAGCCACAUGUGGAGCCAGAUGCUGCUGUCCACCCACGCCUUCCUCAAGUCCAUCUCCAACGUCUCGGGCAAAGACAUCGGCCCGCUCAUCAAGCAGUGGGUAGACCAGAGCAGUGUGGUGAAGUUCUUUGGCAGCUUUGCCUUCAACAGGAAGAGGAACGUGCUGGAGCUGGAGAUCCGUCAGGACUACACGUCGUCGGGAACUCAGAAAUACGUGGGUCCCAUCAAGGUGACGGUGCAGGAGCUGGACGGCUCCUUCAACCACACGCUGCAGAUCGAGGAGAACAGCCUCAAGCACGACAUCCCCUGCCACUCCAAGAGCAGAAGGAACAAGAAGAAGAAGAUCCCCCUGAUGAACGGAGAGGAGGUGGACAUGGACUUAUCUGCCAUGGACGCCGACUCCCCCCUGCUGUGGAUCCGGAUCGACCCGGACAUGUCCAUCCUGAGGAAGGUGGAGUUCGAGCAGGCGGACUUCAUGUGGCAGUACCAGCUGCGGUACGAGAGGGACGUGGUGGCCCAGGAGGAAGCCAUCUCUGCUCUGGAGAAGUUCCCCACCCCGGCCUCCAGGCUGGCUCUGACCGACAUCCUGGAGCAGGAGCAGUGCUUCUACAAAGUCCGCAUGCAGGCCUGCUUCUGCUUAGCCAAGAUCGCUAACGCCAUGGUGAGCACGUGGCAGGGACCACCGGCCAUGAAGUCGCUCUUCACCAGGAUGUUCUGCUGCAAGAGCUGCCCCAACAUCGUCAAGACCAACAACUUCAUCAACUUCCAGAGCUACUUCCUCCAGAAGACGAUGCCGGUUGCCAUGGCGUUACUGCGAGACGUUCAGAACCUCUGCCCCAAAGAUGUCCUCAACUUCAUCCUGGACCUCAUCAAGUACAACGACAACAGGAAGAACAAAUUCUCGGACAACUACUACCGAGCGGAUCUGAUCGAAGCCCUGACCAACUCUCUGACGCCGGCCAUCAGCAUCAACAACGAGGUGCGCACGGUGGACAAUCUGAACGCAGACGUCAGGCUCAUCCUGGAGGAGAUCACCCGCUUCCUCAACAUGGAGAAGCUGCUGCCCAGCUUCAGGAACACCAUCACAGUCAGCUGUCUGAGAGCGAUUCGCCAGCUCCAGAAGAACGGUCACAUCCCCAGCGACCCGUCUCUCUUCAGGUCCUACGCCGAGUACGGACACUUCGUGGACGUCCGCGUGGCGGCGCUGGACGCUCUGGUGGACUACACCCGAGUGGAGCGGAGUUCAGCGGAGCUGCAGUGGCUCCUCAACAUGGUCCAGAACGACCCGGCUCCGUACGUCAGACAUCGGAUCCUGGGAAUGCUGUGUAAGAAUCCUCCGUUCACCAAGACGACAGAUUCCACUCUGUGCAACGAAGCUCUGGUGGAUCAGCUGUGGAAGCUCAUGAACUCUGGCACCUCCCACGACUGGCGGCUGCGCUGCGACGCCGUCAACCUGUACUACACGCUGUUCGGCCUGACCCGGCCGUCCUGCCUGCCGCUGCCCGAGCUGGGCCUGGUGCUCAACCUCAAGGAGAAGAAGGCCGUCCUCAACCCCACCAUCAAGCCCGAGCUGGCCGUCGGCGCCGUCAUGGAGACGCCCGCCAGCAUCGGCAUCCACGGCGUGGGCAUGAGCUACUCAGCCGUGGACGAGGAGCCGGAUCCCAUUUCCCUGGGGGUGUGCGGGGUGGGCCAGCCCCCGCAGGGCCUGAAGAGGAAGGCCGAGACCCCCCUGGGGUCCCCUCCGGAGCCGGGCCAGAUCCUGCAGCAGCAGGACGACGACGCCAGAGGAGGCCGCUACAAGAUCCGGUUCAACACCAUGGAGGACGAAGACAUCGACAUGGAGACGGUCCACGACAGCCAGGCCUUCAUCCACCACCACCUGAACCUGCUGGAGCGCCCCUCCACCCCGGGCAAGGAGCCCCCGUCGGUGGAGCAGCCGCUGCUGUCCAUGCCCGCCACGCCCGUCCCGGCCUUCCCCAAGGAGCCGGGCUCGGCGUCGUCCAAGCACGGCGGCGAGCACGGCCACCACCACCACCACCACCACCACGAGCACAAGAAGAAGAAGAAGAAGCACAAGCACAAACACAAGCACAAGCACAAGCACGACGGCAAGGAGCGCGACAAGGAGCGCGAGCGCGACAACUCGCACGCAUACAGCAACAGUCCGGCCAGCGGCAGGUCGCUGCGCUCGCCCUCGCUGUCCGACUGAGCGCCGCCCGCCGCAGCGCUCUCGGCUCGCAUUAGGUGGUUUCAAACCAAGAAGAAGCCAAUAGGAACGGUUCGCCGGUGUGAUCGCCGUCCUGUAGUCGUUCUCAUUCUCUUGUUUUAUUACUCUGUAAAUUCACCGGAUGGAAGCGGAGCGGGAAAACCGACCGAUCAGCUGGAAGCUCCGGCACGAAGCGUCUUUUCUACUUUUAAAACUCAUGUUUGGAAUAAAGAAACUUUUAAACUGCUGCAAAAAGGAGUUUGUUCCUUUAUUUGAAGCUUCUUUUGUAAACUUUCUGAAGUUUGUUUCGGCCCGUUCUUUCCCUGUUUAAUGGUGUUUUCUCCAAGUUUUCUUCGGUUUUCCAACAACCCGGCGUCACUUCUUCUGAUUUUCAGCAGCGGAUUUGUAGAGACGGACAUCAGGCUGGUUGUAGAUCAUAUGUGGUGUAAAGUGUGAGCGAUCGUUCGUUUUGACACAGAUGAUAAUGUCGUACCGAUAUUUGAGUUCAUAAGAUCAGGUCGUCUCGGCCCGUUUACACCACAACGCUGCUCAGAGCCACUGAAAAUACAACUUUUUGAAA